AGGAGUAGACCCAGAGAGAGAGGGGGUGUCUGUUUUUACGUCUGUUUGCGUAUGAAAGAUCAUGGCGGCCGGAGAUUGAGAUUCCCCCCUCCUUAUCAAAGCCCGGGAGAAAAAAAUUAAAUCAGGGAAAGGGGGCAGAGGAACGGCGGAAUAUCUGAAAACAUGAAAGGAUCUUAAAAGUGGAUUGUGAACAAUUUAAGCUGCAGGUCAACUGAGAUACAUUGAAGUGGUCGGUAAAGCUUGCUCUUGGUUAACUGCUGUGCGAGGAGUCUUCACUUGUUUGCAAAUGGACACUCUUUGUGGCACUAUAUACCAGCAUUAUAUUUCUAUCUUUUUGGAGAUUCUUCGUUGGUUUAACAAUAUUGAUUACCCCUCACUGCUGCAUGUACUGACUUAAGAAAAACUACAAAUCGCUUAUCUUUGGACUUAACUACAUAGCCUCAUACUGGCUUCAGAUGUUUCAUUCUUCAUUUUAUCUAUACUUGCACCUGCAACAUCUCUACCUUGCAGACCAGUGUUCAAAUCGGGCUUGAUAUAUUGGAUGGUGGCAAUCUGUGGAUUCCUGAUCUACCUAAAGUCACAGCCUUCGCCACAAUUCUGUAUGAAGAGACUCCAUCAACUUCCUGCCUAAUUUACAAAUCCUUGCGGAAGCAUGCGGAAGCCUGGACAUCUUAAGGCAUCUGACUGGAAGGAUGGAAGGAGACAUGGUCGCCCAUCAGAUAACCACACACAUCAAGGUCACUUCAGUUGGGAAAAAUACCUGAAGGAGACGGGUUCCCAGCCAGCUCCACCUCACUGCUUUAGACAGUCAUGCUCUCCCCCAUCCAAUGAUUACAAGAUAGGGAUGAAGUUAGAGGCACAGGACCCCAGGAACACAACCUCCACCUGUAUUGCCUCUGUGGUGGGUCUCACAGGAGCUCGUCUCAGACUGCGGCUGGAUGGGAGUGACAACAAGAAUGACUUUUGGAGGCUGGUGGACUCCUCUGAGAUCCAGCCCAUUGGGACUUGUGAGAAGAGUGGUGGCAUGUUACAGCCUCCUCUGGGUUUUAGACUCAAUGCAUCAUCCUGGCCAAUGUUCCUUUUGAAGACACUAAAUGGAGCAGAGAUGGCACCUGCCAAAACAUUUCAUAAGGAGCCUCCCUCACCACCACAGAACCAUUUUGAGAUUGGGAUGAAGCUGGAAGCCGUUGACAGAAAAAAUCCCCAUUUUAUUUGUCCUGCAACUAUCGGGGAGGUGCGGGGAAGUGAGAUUCUUGUGACGUUUGAUGGAUGGAGAGGAGCCUUUGAUUACUGGUGUCGUUAUGACUCACGUGACAUAUUUCCUGUUGGAUGGUGCUCUCUAACUGGUGACAACCUGCAACCCCCAGGGACUAAAGUGGCCAUUCCAAAGAAUCCAGUGCUAGCAGCAGGUUUAGCCUCCUCCAUAAUGCGGGGACCCAAGAAUCUAUUGCCUGCAAUGCCUGGACGCAGGCGUCGAAAGCCAGGCAGGAAGAAGGGUCAGUUACCCAAGGCUCUUCUCCAACAACUUUCCAGUGCUCCCCCCAAACUUUGCGAGCCCUUCCGUUUUCCCAAAAAAAGAGGCCCUAAACCUGGAAGCAAGAGGAAGCCUCGAUUGUUGCUAAAUCCAGUUCCAACGUCACCCACUAACAGUACCCCAGAACCAGACACCAGCACUGUACCACAAGAUGCUGCCACCAUUCCAUGUGCUGCCAUGCAGGCACCCACAGUUUGCAUUUACCUAAACAAAAAUGGGGAUUCAGGACCACACUUGGACCGGAAGAAAGUUCAGCACCUCCCAGAUCACUUUGGUCCAGCAAAAGCCUCUGUGGUUUUACAGCAGGCUGUUCAGGCUUGUAUAGAUUGUGCAUACCACCAGAAAACUGUGUUCAACUUCCUUAAGCAAGGACAUGGAGGGGAAAUUAUAUCCGCGGUUUUUGAGCGGGAACAACACACCCUGAACUUGCCGGCAGUGAACAGCAUUGGUUAUGUCCUUCGAUUUCUGGAGAAACUUUGUCGGAAUCUGAACAGUGAUAACCUGUUUGGAAACCAGCCAAUUACACAGAAUUCCUCACAGCAGUCUCAUUCGUAUGAGAAUGACCGGUAUCUAGCAGCAGAAAGGGGGAGCUCAGAGGGCAGUAUUAAUGGUCCAGGAAGAGCCUCCAAGAGAUAUAUCCAUGAAAUACCUCCAUACAAUGCCCCUCUAUGCCCUAAACUACCAAAGAAUGAUUGUCAUGCGUCAGAAGGGGAAACCUUUCUGUUAAACGCUGGACUCCCAGGGUCUAUGGAGCAGCGCCUAAGCCCCACAGACUCGCCUACAUCCCCUAGUCCAGGUAGAGUCUCUAGGGAAUACCGGUCUCCGGUGUAUCGGAGUCACCAUCAAACCUCAAGUCUUUCCCAGGGAUCAGUGCGCAGGCUCAGCUCUGGAGAGUCAGAGAGGUGUCAGAAUGGGCGUCAGGGACCACGUGACCCUUCCUCAUGGAACAUGGAUGAUGUUAUGCAGUUUAUUAGAGAUGCUGACCCCCAACUUGGUUCCCAUGCUGAACUUUUCCGUAAACACGAAAUAGAUGGCAAAGCAUUACUUCUCCUGAGAAGUGACGUGAUGAUGAAGUACAUGGGUCUAAAGUUGGGGCCUGCCCUGAAGCUCUCCCACCACAUAGACAAACUUAAGCAAGGGAAGUUCUGACCAUGAUUAGUUGUUCUGUUAUUACAUUGUGUGUCCUGCCUGGAACUAUGAGCUCCAACAACAUUUUAGAACUUUAUCUUCAAAAGAGCGGAUUCCAAGAAUCUGAAGAACACUUCUUUUUGGCUUUUGAAAGGAACUGAGAAGACCAACCAUGGUUGACAUCUAAAGACACAAAUACUAAUCUAGAUGUUCCUCCGAUCCUAUGAACUUGUCCUUUAUAUUUCACACUAAUGGAACUGAGAGAUUGUAGAAUACUCUACACUCCAAUAUGCGCAGAGUUAAUGAAAACAGUACCUUUUCUUAUAUAACACUGGCGGUGCACUCUGCGCUGUACAUAGUAGAAUAAAAUAGGCACAAUGACAUAUUGCCCAAAAAAGCUUGCAAUCCGAAGCUUUCUUUUGGUUACCCGAGGCUUACAUAAAAGGGAAUACUAUAAUGUGUGCCUCUCUAGUUUUUUUCACUCUAUGGGCAUUAUUUAAGAGCCUUGGACUUAUGCUAUAUUAAGAUAUACAGCUACGCUGCUCAUCUGGUUCAUAAAAAUCCAAAAUAUUUGGCUGACCCAAGAGUAGAAAUGUCUAGUUUUAUGAACUUAAUGAAAGCUCUUUGUACACAUUAGGAAAUGCGGGCGUACCUGAUAUUUCAUCUCUUUGGGAAGUAUAUAAUGUAUAUACACAAACAUAAAUGUAACUUUCUUGCUUAGGUGCUAAGCUUUUGUUUUUUUCAUAUGAUUAUGAAAUUAUUACUUCUUA